AUGCCUAUGGACACACUGGCCCCUGGGUCCCCUGCCACCCCAGCCCUACCUUUCCGUCUACGAACCAAGGUCCCUGGCUACCUGCUGCGGCGGCCGGCAGACAGUGGGGCUCGGAAACCCAGUGCUGUAGAGCGCCUGGAGGCAGACAAAGCCAAGUAUGUCAAGAGCUUGCAUGUGGCCACCACCCGCCAGGAGCCCGUGCAGCCCCUGCUGUCCAAACAGCCACUCUUCAGCCCUGGGACUCGCCGCACAGUGCUCACGCCUAGCCGCCGAGCCCUGCCCGGCCCUGGCCGCCGGCCCCAGCUGGACCUGGAUAUCCUUAGCAGCCUCAUCAACUUGUGUGACAGUCCUGUGUCCCCUGCUGAGGCCAGCCGGACCCCUGGGCGGGCAGAGAGAACGCGUCAGGACCUCCCAGCCACACCCCCACGGCCACAACUCAGCACGGCUGCUGUCCGCCGAGUGGACGUCCGCCCCAUGCCUACGCCCUGUGCCCAGCCCUGCCCAUCACCAGGCAGUGCAGCUGCUUCCAGCCCUGCCCGGCCACCAGGUUUGCAGCGUUCCAAGUCGGACCUGAGUGAGCGCUUCUCGAGGGCAGCAGCUGACCUUGAGCGCUUUUUUAACUUCUGUGGCUUGGACCCAGAGGAGGCACGAGGGCUGGGUGUGGCCCACCUGGCUCGGGCCAGCUCAGACAUCGUGUCCCUGGCUGGGCCCAGUGCUGGGCCAGGCAGCUCUGAGGGGGGCUGCUCCCGCCGCAGCUCUGCCACUGCUGAGGAGCGGGCCCGGGAGCGUGUCCCAUAUGGUGUGUCAGUGGUAGAGCGCAAUGCCCGCGUGAUCAAGUGGCUGUACGGGUUGCGACAGGCACGGGAGAGCCCAGCAGUCGAGUGCUAG